AUGCCGCACCUUCCCCGAUACUCGGGCGGUGAGUGCAGCAGCCAUCGGUCCAUCUCUUUUAUGCCAGACACCAGCAUCGACAAGAAACAGCGCCAUCCCGCUGAAAAGCGAGCAUUUGCAGCUGUCACCGUCGGUGAUACACAUCCUGACUCUAUCCCUUGUUUCUCGUCACCUGACAUAUCUGACGAAAAAGAGGCGCAACAGCUGCAUCAAAGCUCCCCACCGCUAUCGUCGUAUACAAUUAUCAAACUGUGCAUAAAGAUUCUCCCGGUGCAUCUCGCCCGUUGUGACGACGAUAACAGCGACCAGACUCUUGCGACCUUGUAUCAAGGCCAGAAGCAACCUACUUAG